AUGCUAUACCAUAUAAUUAACAUCAUAUUUUUAAAAAUCAUUUUUUAUAUCAGUUAUUUAAAUUACUAAAGCACACUUUGUUAUUUAGAUCUACUAAAUGUCGUUAUAAUUACUAUAUUAUCCUUUAAUAAACCUAAUAUUGGUUAAUUAUUAUUUUAAUCAUAAAAUGCUUAUCUUCAAGAAUAUUAGUAAAGCUAUAUUAUCAAUUGUAAAAUAGUAGUGUAUUAAAAGAUAAUUAUUAUAUAUAUAAGAGUUUUGAGACUUAGGACUACAAGAGGCAUUAUUAAAUUUAUGAUUUCUUCUCAGAUAUGCAUUAGACUAAAAUAUAGUUAUAAAUGA